CAUUGCAGCUUUUCAUGACGCGGGAAAAGUGUAAACAAACCAAUGUUUACAAAGCCUCAGCUGUAAUGUCCCUCCGCUUAUUUGAAGUUCGGAGCCAACUGCUGAGAACAUGGCAGUAACAACCAGUGUCAAAAGCUUCUUGAAGACCAAGCACAUAGCGGUGCCAGAUGAGUGGAUUGCAGCCUGUGUCGAGUGGGUGCAGGCGGAGAAUCCAGGACUUAAUGGCGACGAGGAGGGCCCUUGGGCGGAAUUCACAAAAGGUCUAAGACAGUUCUUUACGAUUUUGCCACUUCUCGAGGAUGAUACUGGUAAUAGAACAAACAUUUACAUUGUGAUAGAUUCUAUGAAGUUGGUUGUCAUUGUGAAGACCUUUCAUGAAUACCACCCCUGGAUGUUGGUCAUGGUCUUGGUCCAGGGGACCUCUAGACCUAGGGGGCUACACUUCAUUGCUAAAUGCAUAUGGAGCCACCUGGGUUUCCAGAGACUCCAGAGAAUAACAAAAUUGAAGAAGCCUGACAAGCGCCCACCACACUUUACAGCACUUCAGUACCACUUACUGAAUGGACUGCAGUCGCCUGUGAGGAUGGUUGGAGUUCAAUUUUCUCUGGGCUUCAGUGCAAGGUUCGUCAGGUUUCUGAGUGCUGCGAAACUACCAGAGAUAACCUCAGCAAACCCCUUUGCAUACUCCCUCUCCCUCAACCUCCACAUGAAACACCCUAAGGUGAUCAUUAGACCAACAGGGAGUUUUGGAGUGGCCUCAGAGAAGUGCUUGUACCAGGAGGCAGAAGCCCUUAAUUUCAAGGACCUUGCAAAGUCCCAGAAAAGGAGGCUAUUCUUGCUGCUAGAUAUCGUACAGAAGUCACCCAGAACAAUCAACUUCAGUUCCUUCGACAGCAGUGGCAACUGCUUAUCCUAUCACAAAGAGUGGACGUUCCAAGCCAUCAGUCUGAUGGCCCACUUGAGGUUUAGCCUUAACCAGUCACUCUGGUGGCCAAAAGGAAGCAUUGCAGAAGUCUUGAUGAUGGAGAAGCUAUGUUACAUCUGUACCAGCUAUGAGCUGGCAGGGGAGACUUAUACACAGCUGCUCCCUUUUCAUACCAAACUAGCAAGUGGUGGCAGCUUUCCACCUGCAUGGGAACCUAAGCCAUCGAGAAUGCUCAUGAUGCAGUUGACGGAUGGCACAAGUGUUGUACAGGGGAUGGAGUACCGAGUGAUUCCAGCACUGAACCAUAACCUGAAACCUGGUACAAAGGUUCUCAUUUCGGGAAACAUUACCUCAAGGCACGGGGUACUUCUUCUCACCCGUGAGAACUUGACUGUGUUAGGUGGAGAGGUAGAGUCCUUACUCGUAGCAAAUGCUCUGGAAAAUAUUCUUGCUCGAAAGCUAGGCAUGGAAGAGACGCAACAGCCACAACAGUUUGAGGAUAUAGCCCCCACCCAAAUUCCUCCAAGCCAAGCCUCUCAGUACUAUCCAUCGCAGCUAAAUCCUACAGUAAACCGGUCCCAAAACAACAGGGUUGGAGGACUUCAAACAGCCAACAGGUCACAGAAUAAUGUUACAUCUGUACCAGCAAAUGACUUAGAUGACCUGGGUGAUGAUGAUUUUCUUGAUGCUGAGUUUGAGGCAGCCCUAAGUCAGAUAGAGAGCCAGGCGUCAUCUUUAGGUAGUCAGAAUGGACAUAUGAGGACUAACGGUAAUAAUCAAAGAGAUGUUGGGCAUAACAGAAACAGUGGUAAUGCAAGAACAACGAAUGGUCAGGCUGGAAAUAGAAACUCAGGUGUUGAUGAAGACUUUGAGAUGGAUGUUGAUGAUUCCUUCUUCAAUGAUGAUUUUGACGAAGAGGUUGUCCUGGCAUCUGGGAGACAGGCACAGCAGCAGUCUACAGCAAAAGCAUCCUCUAGUGGGUCUUCUCAGCAAAGAAACUCAUUUCAGUCAGCUUCUUCAAACCCUUUUACUGGCACAUCAUCCAGAAGCUCUAGUUCACAAAUAAGACCAAGUUUAAGUCAGGCUGCUAGAGCAAAAAUCACCAAACCUCCAGCAAAACAGUCGAGUCUCAAGAACUUUCUUACUAGACCUGAAGAAUCAGAAAAGGUUACCGGAAGAUCUAACUCACCUACUGUGUACACUAUAGAUGAUGAUGAUUUUAUGGAUGAUAUUUCCCUAGAUGAUGAUUCCAUGAGCUCCUCUCUAUCUAAAACUUCUGCAAACCAGUCUUCAGCAUUAAAAUUGAAAAAUGCUUCAUCAGGCAAGAGUAAAGAAUUCAAAACUCCAGGAGCUCCAGUUAGCAAAAAGCAAGAACACAGAAGUGUAGCUGACACCAUUAAACAGGAGCCACCUUUCAGCUACUUGUGCUUCUUGCCAGAAAGUCCUGCAGUGACAAAGGAAAUUGUUGUAAAGGGUUUCAUCAUGACCUUGACUUCACGUCUGGAACAAGUGGAAGGCAAGUGGAAGCUGACCGUCAUCAUCAACGACGGAACAGCUUCAUGUGAAGUGGAUAUUGAGGACCAGAUCCUGCAAAACCUUAUUGGUAUGAGCACAGAAGAAAUGAACGUGAAGAAAGUUGAAGCAAGAACCAACCCAGCCCUGAAAGCACAGUUGGCUAAGGCAGUCAGUGGUUGUCAGCGUCAGCUGAUCUCACUCUGUAGUCUUCUUCACAUUAGAGUGUCCCCAGGUUCAUCAAGGCCCAAGCUAAUGGCCAUCAAUCCUGUUGAAAAUGCAAUGGUACAGCAAUUAACACAGAGGAUAUAUAUGUUUUCUCAGAAAUAAGUGUGUACAUCUUUAUUAUAAAUUCAAAUAUUUCCUUGAACUCAACUUAUAUGAAGAAUUAAAAAUAUUAGAAUGUAUAUGUAUAGUUAUUUGAUAUACUUCAGAGUAGAAUAUAUUUUACACUGUGCAUGUGCAUAUACUUUUCCUUGUCAUUUUUUUUCCAAGCAACCUUCUGAAAAUUAAUGUCAAUAUUUGUAUUUCCAAGUAAAUACACUGGAAGAAUGAUU